AUGGAUCAGCCCAAUCUGGAUAAGGCUCUCACACUAGGAACACUGGCUGAUGCCACUUCAAGACUGCCUCCACUUUGGGACUGGUGCUCCUUUAGGGAGAGGGUUGUGUCUCUUCUGAUUACCCAAAAUGGAGAGGAACUGUCCAGAGAUUGUGGUUAUGGAGAGGGUGGAGAUGCACAUUGCACAGCCUGCCCUCCCCGCAGAUACAAAAGCAGCUGGGGCCAUCAUAGAUGUCAGAUUUGCAUCACCUGUGCCGUCAUCAACCGUAUCCAGAAAGCCAACUGCACAGCUACUUCUAAUGCUGUGUGUGGGGACUGUCUGCCCAGGUUCUACCAAAAGACACGCAUUGGAGGCCUGCAGGACGAAGAGUGCAUCCCGUGCACGAGGCAGACCCCCACCUCUGAGGCCCAAUGUGCCUUCCGACUGAGCUUAGUAAAGGCAGACGUACUCACGGUGCCGCCUCAGGAGGCCACAUUUGUCAUACUGGUGAGCAGUCUGCUCAUGGUGUUUACCCUGGCCUUCCUGGGGCUCUUCUUCCUCUACCGCAAGCAAUUCUUCAGACAUUGCCAGCACGGUAAGGGUGAAAAACUGAUUCUUUUCCCUGCUUCACCGCCAGGUAGCUUCAAUAAGAUACCCCAACUUGCAGGAGGUUCGCUGCAGUUUGAAACCGACGAGGCAGCGGAGGAGGACUCUCUCUUCCCCAUGCCGCCUGGCCAGGAGGCCAGUCCCGAGUCCCCACUGGGUGAAAGCAUCUUUGAGACCCAGCUACUUAAUCCCACCCUGGAUGACGACCGCAGCUCGACCCGUGGUUUCCCCACUCAGGAGUCUUUUUGCAUGUCCUCCUGCGCCUCAGAGAGUCCAUCCCACUGGGUCCACACUCCCAUCGAAUGCACAGAGCUGGACCUGCAAAAGUUUUCUAGCUCUGCCUCUAAUGCUGGAGCUGAGACCUUGGGGAGAAACACAGCUGAAAGCUCUGGAGACAGGCUGGAACUCAAUGUGCCCUUUGAAGUCCCCAGCCCUUCACUUUACUGAGGUGAGCUGGAAAAGUGGGGAAGAAAGACCAGAAAUUGGGGGCUGCCCCCAAGGAAUCUUCCUCUGGAGGACUGCGGUUCACUAGGGCUAGUGGUGGAGGAAGAGUGAGCUAGGAACACUGGUGGAUGGAAGAGCAGCAGUGGAGAUGCUAAUCUUUCGAGCCAGUUAUAUAUCACAUUGCUGGCCCUACAACUGUCAAGGAGCUAGCUGGGUUGACGAGACACCAAUCUCUCUAUCUUGGCCUUUUACAAGCUCUCUCAGCACCCCACUAUCUACUAGUUAUUCAGUUAUCUCCCCUUAUGUGUACAAGCACCAGGGCACAGUAGAAAAAUAUGUAGGCCUUGGCAUCUGGGAGCCAUGUAUUUCAAAUGUAACUCCAUUCAUUAACAGUGAUGUGAACCUUGUGUAAAUUUCUUUACCCCUCUAAACCUCAAGCCAUUAAUCUGCAAGAUGUAAAAAGCACUGCUCACCGCCUAAGUUCUUGUGAGGGUUGAAUGAGAAAUGCAUGUGCAAGUGCCUUUUCCAAUAUCUGAUGCAUUAGAGAUAUUUAACCCAUGUUAGCUUUUCUUUCCUUCCACCACCCUCAGUCACAAUUUACUCAUCCCUUCUUAUCCACUACACUCAUUUGAUGAUAUUCAUAACAUCCCUUCCCUGGUAAGCAGGUCCAGGUUUGUUAGUCUCAUUUCAGAGAGGUGGGAACUGAGACAGAGAGAAAGUAAUUUGCUCAAAGUCACAGUCACAGAGCAAAUCAGUGGCAGAACUGAGCUGGAGCCCAGAUUUGGAGGCUCCAAUUCAGAGCUUGUUAAUUCUAUCAAUAUGACCGUUCCAUAGCCAGUGUUGCUUUCUCAAAGGCAUAACUCAUGGGAGGCAGUAUGAGGCAGGAGGCUGGGUAGAUUUCUACUUUUCAACUAACCAACUGCCUUUCACCGCCAUUUGCCUAUUUCUCCAGCUAAGGUAUUGUCCAGGUCCCCCAUGACACACUCUGCCCAACAUCCUACCUGAGAAAAUAUGAGCAAUAUGCAGAUGAAAGCCAAGGCUACUAUCAGUCAUCCUAGAUACCUUCAAGGUCAUCUAGUCCAACCUACCCUCCAAGUCCUUCACUCCAUACUUGAGUCUGUUUUCUAAUAUUCUCACAAGUUUUUGUGUCAUCCUUGCUCACAUACUUGCAGUGUCUGUGAGCUCACU